GAACAGACUCACUCAAUUUUCACGUUAACCCACGGCGUCCAUGGCUGUCCUCCACGGAUAAUCUUGGUCCGACGAUCUUGUCUAUAACAGCCUGAGAACGGGCCGCCCCAUUCUUUCAAAUUCAGUACUUCCCUGUGAGCCGUGCCAGCUUGCCAAGUGACUACCAGACGACAAGAUGGCCAGCGACUCGACGAGCCGUCGCUCCACAUGCUCAUCGUACCGUCGUCGUCGUAUUCUCAUCAUUCCAGCGUUGCUAUUCGCCUUUUGCCUGUUCUUUAGAACGCCAUGGUCUCUCCCUCCUCUCAACCUCUCGGGAAUAUCCUCGUCGCUUUCACGUGCCAGUAUCGUUUCGAUGGUCAAAGGUCCACCAGUGGAAGAGAUAUAUGGCUUGCUCCAUUUCGUGACGAGCGAUGACGAUCGCAUGCUGUCCCAUUCGAUAAACCCUGCUGCGCCGAUCGAUCUGAGUGUGUAUCUUGGUGGUGACCAACCGGAUUGGAAAUCCCAUAUGAGAAAGCUGAGAGAAGAGUAUCCACUGAUCGUAUUCUCGAAGUCAUAUUGCCCGUUCUCAACGAAAGCCAAGAAGUUAUUGGAGUUGUAUAAUCUUUCUCCUCCCCCUAAAAUCAUCGAAGUUGAUCUUCGAGAUGAUUGGGACUUUAUAAAGCUCAUCCUUACCCGUCUCACCGAGCAUUCUACGUUCCCAAACAUAAUCCUGAAUGGAGAGGGACUCGGCGGAAACGACGACUUGCACACGUUGCGUGCACAAGGCAAGCUGAAGAAGAUGUUUGAGAAUGCGGGGAUGACGGUAAGGGAAGAUAUCGUGAAGGAGCGAGAGACGCAAUAGAGUUGGCGAUGUCCACGUCAUCAUAUGUGAUGAAACCAAGUUUGCGGUGGAACUAUUUGUGGGUUUUAUGUGACCAAAA